ACACUCGCAACGCCAGAAGGGUUGUAAGACUUGUAAGUGCGUUGCAAGCCUGUAAGAUGGGAGUGCGCCCUUUUCUUGAUGGUUUAAAGGUCGUACUUAACUGUCCGGAAAUACCACAGGCGAUCGUUCAUUCCACAGUUUAGCUGUUGUUUAGUUUAGCGGAAGUAUUCAUGAAUUUUUCUUAGUCAAUAAUCAUAAUGAGUAAGCAAACUGUUAAUUUUAUUACGAAUGCCUAUCGAGCACUUCUCUACUACAUACUAGAAAGGUUUUACUUAAGUGGUUUACCUAUAACCUGAUUAUGAUAUUAUUUUCAUAUGGAAUUUCUGUGUCGAAAUUUUAGCCGAUGUUAUCCUUACAAUCUGGACCGUAAUAUCGGAGCUGCUGACACCUCAUUUAUAAAUAAAAAUUAAAUUUUCUAUGGUUUCAAAAUAUGUUAGGUUGUAUUUUUUUGGGCGAGCAAAAAUCACUUAUUUUAUAGGGUAAGUUUGAGAACUUAUUAGGCAUUAGGUAAGAGAGUUUAAGUUGAUGAUGGAGUUCCACUUAUCAUAUUUUAUCUCCAGAAGUCCGGCAACGUAAGGCGUCCUCAAGCCAUAUCGGUAUAUAAGUAGCGCGCGCGUACACGGGUUCAUUGAGAUCCUAUCUAGAGCGGUACCGUUCUAACAAACUUUACCAAUUAAACAGCUCACGCUUAGAAUUUUAACAACGCGUUGAAAAGACUUAAAUACGAAAACCUCGCAAAACAUUACAGCAUUGCGCAAUUUAUCCAGACCCAUUAAAAGAGCAAAAAUAGACUUUCAUGAAAAUUAAUGCGUAAUACGAGGUCAUGUCCGCCUUACAAAAUGACUAAAAGGUUAAAGGUGUUAUAAAUUUUGAGCACGUUCAUUAGAGCCCGCAUGGAUCCCUCGCCCUAGCUUUUAGCCGACGACACACGUCGGAAUUUCGUAAUAAGAUUUCCUUAAUUUAAGACUUCCUCCCUUAUACUCAUUAAAGAAGUGUUGGCUCCCUUCACGGAUCAACACGGCGGGGCGUGAAAUUACCUACUAUUACGAUCGCCAAAUUAGAUGUGGUUUCUCCUUGUAUUCACAGCCUGGGCUAAUACUCGUCAGUUGGACCCGCACAAAACAUUAGGUGCGUAACAUUGGGAGCCUUUUGUUUUCCCAUUUCAUCACGGUCUGGGUAAUAUUACGUCUCGAAGGAUUAUAUUUCGUUCGUUUCAUUCUUCAGAUAUAACAUUUACCAGGUAGUCCUUUGAACCUACAGGCGACUUUUGCACGAUAUUAAGAGACAGUCAAUUGACUAUUGAACUGAUUUUUAGUUCAGUCAUUCGUUCCCCUACCCUUUCCGUUCGUUCCACCGUUAUAGUUGCUCAUUCUUUUUUCGUGCACGGCGACGAACGCACGCGCCACUUUAGCUCCUCGGUUACGACAAAAAUGUCGAAGCGCACAGCUAAAGAAAAGUUAAAUUAUUACCGUGAAAAAAUUAAAAGACUAGAGGAUCAUAAAAGACGAUACAGGAUAAUUUAUGAUUCGUCUUCAUCGGAAGAUGAAGAUGUUGUAAUGGAACAAAUUCCAGACGGUUCCGUACCGGCUCAUGAUCCUAUUAUACAGGAACCACAGUUAAACAUCGAAAAUCCCGUACCGGAACAUAAAAGUGAUGUACCGAUGCCAGAUCAUAAUAACGGGAUUCCUGCACCUGAAAAUCAGGCAGAUUUACCCUUGUCAUCAGCUCAACCCGAGCUCGAUCCGGACAUGCUGCUGGCUCUCGGGGAGUCGACCGAGGCUAGCCCCGAGUAUGGCGAAAAAAUCCACGACAAUUUAACGAAACUUUGGUUACCGUUACUCAAAAAAGGUAUGACGAAGGAAACCAAAGAUAAAAUACAAAAAGACUAUUUGGUUCCCGACAACUGUCGACUGUUACAGGCACCAAAAUUAAACGUGGAAAUUUCAGCAGCCGUACCCGAUAUGGUCCGGAACCGAGAUAAAAAUCUAGCCACAACGCAGCAACAACUCGGCCAUGGGAUCGCUGCCGUCAACAGGGCCAUGGAUAUACUAAUUAAAUGUGUCGAUGCCAACGGAAUCGAAGCUAUGAAACACCUCAGUAACGGCUGCCGCAUUCUGUGUGACCUCCAUGCGUCAUCUACUCAGAGUCGCAUAAAACUCAUCACUCCUAGUCUCGAUAAGACGUUCUUGCAAGUUAUUCAAGAUACAGAACGUGAUGAUACCCUAUUUGGCAAUAAAUUGGGCGAAAAAAUCAAGGCGGCUAAGACCAUUGAAAAACAAGGUCUUCAAAUCAAGAAAACGUCCCCAAAGAAACCCACGCCAGCACAGCCGUCGACAAGUCGAGCGUCAUACUCGGGAAACUGGUCAGCGCCCCCUCGUUACGCGUCGAACAGGGGGGGGCGGAGAGGUGCUCGCAGGCAGACGAAUUACACCCGUCGGACGUUUCCAGCUCCACAAGCGGCCAAGACAUCUCCCGCGACCAAGACACGUGCCCAUGCACCGUAACGCAGGGACUGCCAUCCCCUACACAAGGGGCUUACCCUGGGGGUCGCGAAGCUCUGCAACAGUCCUUCAGUCGAAGAGGCUCCCCACCAGAGGCUAUAACACUGAUGUUGGCAUCACUCUCCGACAAAACAAUACAACAAUACGAAGUUACAUAUAAGCUCUGGUGGCAAUUUUGCACCGUUAAUUCUAUUGAAAUUUUCAAUCCCCCAAAAUCGACAAUAUUGUCUUUUUUAACAGAACAAUUUAACAAAAAUUGUGCAUACGGCACACUGAAUAGUCACCGUUCAGCCUUAUCCUUGUUAUUGGGAGACAGUGUCGGUUCGGACGAUUGCGUGAAACGCCUUCUUAAAGGUGCGUACAAACAAAGACCGAACGGUCCCAAGUAUAACCAUACAUGGGACCCUCAGGUUGUUUUAAACCGUGUCUCUCACUGGUAUCCAAAUACAAGUAUAAGCCUGGAACUAUUGUCGAAAAAAUUAGUUACAUUACUGGCCAUAUGCACAGCGCAUAGGGUUCAAACAUUAUCGCUUAUAAAAAUCGAAAAUAUUGUUAUUACCACAAACGGUGUCAAAGUUGGAAUCACGGACAUAAUUAAAACAUCAGCUGUCGGGCGAGAGCAACCGGUCCUCUUCCUCCCAUAUUUUAAAGAUAAUGUUUCUAUAUGCCCUGCUACAACUCUCAGAGAUUAUAUUUUUGUAACAAAAAAUAAGAGAGUUGAUAGCAUAGGACAUUUGUUAUUGACAUACAAGACUCCACAUAGACCUGCAACUUCUCAAACCAUCAGCAGAUGGAUUAAAAAUGUUUUGUCGGAAAGUGGCAUUGACAUGACAGUGUUUAGCACGCACAGCGUGCGCCACGCCGCCACGUCGGCCGCGAGCCGCGCCGGGGUCAGCGUCGACACUAUCCGCCGCACAGCAGGCUGGACCUCGGCGUCUACGUCGUUUGCGCGGUUCUAUAAUAGGCCACUAUCGGAUGAAGGACUCUUUGCGAGAUCUGUUUGCUUGCCGAAUACAAGUGACAAUCCUUAGAUAAUAAGAUUAUCGAUCAUAAGUAGAUGAUUUUUUGAUUAUAUGAACAAUUGUUAAUAUUAGAUGACUGACCAAUAAGGUCACGUCAAAGAAGAAAAGAAAUAUAUUGAUUUCGUGUCUAUA